AUGUUUAUAGUAAUUUUAAGUGUUUUUAUGGUAUGCUUAAUAUCAUGGGUGUAUCUUCGUUGGAGAAAUGUGAGAGAGUAUUGGGCAAGGCGUGGUGUGCCUCACUUGCCACCUCAUCCCCUCAUGGGUAGUCUUACCUUCUUGCAGCAGAAGAAUCCUGCUUUAUGGAUGAUUGAUAUGUACAAACAGUUCAACACUCCAUACGUAGGUAUAUGGUUGUUCUGGAAACCAGCGGUAAUCAUAAAUUCACCGGAAGUCGCAAAAAAUGUACUCGUCAAAGACUUCGCGUAUUUCCGGGACAGAUUUCUGAGGUUGAGCUCCAACGAUCCGGCUAGGGAGAUGAUAUUUACAGCUAAAGAUCCGCUCUGGUCGUCGAUUCGUCGUAAUCUGACUUCAGUAUUUACUUCCGCAAAGUUGAAAUCGAUGCAGGCUCUCUUUGACAGUAAAAUCAAGGAAUUAAAUCAACGAAUCAAUAAUACAAAGGAGAAAAGCAAAAUUAACUUAAGGAUGUUAUGUACAGACUUCAGCACAGAUAUCAUUGCCACUGCUUCGUUAGGGAUUCAAACCACGGCGACUCUCUCUGGAGAAGAUCCAGUUCGGACAGUCACAAAAGAAUUUAUGGCUUUUAAUUGGUACAGAGGCAUUAGUUGGAGCACAAUAUUUUUUUAUCCAAAACUAGCUAAUUUUUUUAGAUUUCAAUUAUUUCCCGCUGUGUCAACUAAAUUUUUCAACAAAAUAUUACAAACUGUCACCAAACAGAGAUUGAAAGAGAAAACCGAUUUUAACGAAGCGAAAGACUUACUGGAUGCACUAAUUAUGCUUAAGGAUGGGCUGGGAAAGGAGGAAGAAUAUUCAGAUGACGUCGUUUUGGCUCAAGCCAUUUCUUUUAUCUUUGGAGGAUUUGAAACUUCUGGUUCCACAUUAAGCUUUGCAUUGUAUGAACUAGCGUAUCAUCCGGAUGUCCAGGAAAAGUUGUAUCGUGAACUAAAUGAGGCAAAUAAAUCUCAAGAUUUGGAUAUUGGCACAUUACAUGACUUGAAGUAUUUAAAUUGCAUUAUUAAAGAAACACUCCGCAAGUACCCUCCCCAGGGCUGGCUGGACAGAGUGGCCGCGAAGGAUUAUAAAAUAGAUGAUAAACUAACAAUUCCCGCGGGAACUCCAAUUUACGUAAACGCGGUGGGAAUGCACUAUGACAGCGACUUCUACCCUGACCCUGAAACAUUUAACCCUGAUAGAUUCCUGCUCGAUAACGAGAAAGACAAAAAGCAAUUAACUUAUUUGCCAUUCGGAGAAGGACCACGAGGCUGUAUUGGUAGAAGAUUCGGCGAGAUAACAAUAAGAAGCGCGCUAUCGAGCUUAGCUUUGAAUUAUAAACUGAAUCCAGUACCUGGAGAACUAACACCUUCAGAAAUGGAAUUUGAGAAAAAAGGUCUUAUUCUAUCCCCAGGACAAAACCUACAUAUUGAUUUUCAGCUUAGAGAUUAG